GGUUCCCCAGCCGCUUUUUUCACCAAGGACAUGGAGUACACGUCAUCCCCGAAACCGCAGCUGUCAUCCCGGGCGAAUGCUUUUUCCAUAGCGGCCCUGAUGUCCAGCGGGAAGCCGAGCAAGGACAAGGAGACGGAGGAGAGCACCAUCAAGCCCCUGGAGCAGUUCGUGGAGAAGUCCUCUUGCAACCAGGCUCUGGCGGACCUGUCCUCCAUGGACGCGCACGGAGGCGACUUCAGCGGGAGCGCGCCCUCGGUGUGCACGGAGCCCCUCAUCCCGACCAACCCGGGGGUCCCCAGCGAGGAGAUGGCCAAGAUCUCCUGCACCCUGGAGACCAAGGAGCUGUGGGACAAGUUCCACGAGCUGGGAACCGAGAUGAUCAUCACCAAGUCCGGAAGGAGGAUGUUCCCCACCAUCCGGGUCUCUUUCUCCGGGGUGGACCAGGACUCCAAGUACAUCGUGUUGAUGGACAUCGUCCCGGUGGACAACAAGCGGUACCGGUACGCGUACCACCGGUCCUCCUGGCUGGUGGCCGGCAAGGCCGACCCCCCCCUGCCCGCCAGGUUGUACGUGCACCCGGACUCCCCGUUCACCGGAGAGCAGCUGAUGAAGCAGAUGGUUUCCUUCGAGAAGGUCAAGCUGACGAACAACGAGCUGGACCAGCACGGACAUAUCAUCCUGAACUCGAUGCACAAGUACCAGCCCCGAGUCCACAUCAUCAAGAAGAAGGACCACACGGCCUCGCUGCUCAACCUCAAGUCCGAGGAGUUCCGCACCUUCGUCUUCGUGGAAACCGUCUUCACGGCCGUCACAGCCUAUCAGAACCAGCUGAUAACCAAACUGAAGAUUGACAGCAACCCGUUCGCUAAAGGUUUCCGGGACUCGUCGCGGCUGACGGACAUGGAGAGGUACAGGUCUCUCUUCGGUUUCUGCUGCAGGGAAAGUGUUGAGAACCUGAUCCACAAGCACUCGUACGCCCGGUCGCCGAUCCGGACCUACACCGGGGACGAGGACACCCUGGGUGAGGACAUCCACUCCGCACACGCCAGAGGUUCAGCGUUCUCCGCCUCAGACAACCUGUCUCUCAGCUCCUGGGUCACCACCACAUCGGGCUUCUCUGGCUUCCAGCACCCACAGUCCCUGUCGGCCAUGAGCGCCGGCGCCGGCUCCCUGCCCCACCCCAUCCAGGGCUCCCUCCCCCCCUACAGCCGGCUGGGCAUGCCGCUGACGCCCGGGGCGCUGGCCGGCUCCAUGCAGGGCAGCGGGCCGGCCUUCCCGUCCUUCCACAUGCCGCGCUACCACCACUACUUCCAGCAGGGGCCCUACGCCGCCAUCCAGGGACUGCGCCACUCCUCCACGGUCAUGACGCCCUUCGUAUGACUCCGCCCUGGGGAGGAGGCGGCCGGAACCUCACCCUAGCGUUCACCCCCGAGUCCAGUGCAACAAGCUCCUCCUCCACGCCGGCUCAUCACUCCUCAUCCAGUUUGUAUCUUUCCUCCGGUGUUUUGUAAAUAGUUCACGGCAGCGGGCGAGCGGGCGGAGACACUACGAAGAGGGCGUGGCUUCCUGAAGGAGAAUCCAGAAGAAGAGAAAAGGACUGAAGGAACCCUGAGGAAACACCAGCAGGUUCCAGGGUUUCUAUGACAACUACAACAUCUCACACAAAGGGAGCAUGUUUGAUCUUGGCCCUUGAACCUUGAACAGUGGAUCCUCAAUUCAAACCAAAAUCUAACAAUA